UCCGGUAAAAGCCGCCUCAGGCCGAGCCGGGCCAUUGGGUCCCAAAAUUGAGAGGCACCCAAAAACUCGAAGAAACAUAAAGAUCGGUCUCUCUCUCCUGAAUCUGAAAGUCCAAAGCUCCUGAAACCUGAAAAACAAAAUGAUAGCGAUUCCGUAUUUAACAGCAUUAACCACAUUCUUCAGCUACGUAUUGCUCUUCGUUUUCGGCCAAAUCAGAGAUAGCUUCCGCAAAAUCACCGACUGGUAUAGCUCUAACAACCUUCAAGGCUAUGCUCCAAUUUGCUUAGGCCUCGAGGAUUUCUAUAUUCGCAGGUUGUAUCUUCGAAUUCAGGACUGUUUUGGUCGACCGAUAUCAAGUGCUCCUGAUGCUUGGUUUGAUGUGGUCGAACGUUACUCCAACGACAAUAACAAGACUCUAAUACGAACCUCAAAGAUAAGUAAAUGCCUUAACUUAGGAUCAUACAACUACCUUGGCUUCGCGGCGUCAGAUGAAUACUGCACGCCGCGGGUAAUUGAGUCGAUGAAGAAGUAUUCGCCAAGCACUUGUAGUAGCCGCGUAGACGCGGGCACUACUUCAUUGCAUGAAGAAUUGGAAAAGUUUGUUGCAAACUUUGUUGGAAAACCAGCUGCAAUUGUUUUCGGUAUGGGGUAUGUAACAAACUCCGCUGUCCUUCCAGUCCUGAUGGGAAAGGGAGGUUUGAUCAUUAGUGAUUCUUUGAAUCAUAACUCCAUUGUCAAUGGUGCGCGAGGAUCUGGAGCUACAGUUCGUGUUUUCCAGCACAAUACACCCUCUCACUUGGAGGAAGUUUUGAGAGAGCGAAUUGCUGAAGGACAACCACGGACUCAUAGGCCUUGGAAAAAGAUAAUUGUUAUUGUUGAGGGGAUCUACAGCAUGGAAGGGGAGCUCUGCAAACUUCCUGAUAUUAUUGCAAUCUGUAAAAAAUAUAAGGCAUAUACGUAUCUGGAUGAGGCCCACAGUAUUGGUGCAGUAGGGAAAACAGGAAGAGGUGUUUGUGAGCUCUUGGGCGUGGAUCCUGUUGAUGUAGAUAUAAUGAUGGGGACUUUUACCAAGUCAUUUGGAUCAUGUGGCGGCUACAUUGCAGGAUCCAAGGAGCUUAUUCAAUACUUGAAAUACACUUGCCCUGCUCAUCUUUAUGCAACCUCAAUAUCACCACCAGCUGCAGAACAAAUAAUAUCUGCCAUAAAGGUUAUUCUUGGAGAGGAUGGGACCAGUAGAGGUGCCCAAAAACUUGCUAGGAUACGGGAGAAUAGCAAUUUUUUCAGGUCGGAACUGCAGAAAAUGGGUUUUGAGGUUCUUGGUGAUAAUGAUUCUCCAGUAAUGCCAAUUAUGCUUUACAAUCCAGCAAAAAUCCCUGCCUUCUCACGGGAGUGCCUCAAGCAGAAUGUGGCUGUUGUGACAGUGGCAUUUCCAGCAACCCCACUACUGUUGGCAAGGGCUCGUAUAUGCCUAUCUGCUUCUCAUACUAAGGAGGACCUCAUCCAAGCAUUGGAAGUUAUCAGUCAGGUUGGUGAUCUGGUGGGUAUAAAAUACUUCCCUGCUGAGCCCAAGAAGCAGCAGGAAGAGGAGAAGAUGCUGAAGUUGGAAUGAGAGAAAUCUUUUUGCAUAGAUUGUCAGCUACAAGCAGCAACGGGAAAGGUUGGUGAAGCUGGAGUGUGAGAAAAAAUCUUUUUCCUUGAUAAUUGUUGUAGUUUUCUUUUAAUCUAACUUCUACAUCACCUACACUACUAGUACUGUGAAAUUUAUUGCGUUUGCUGUAAUAGGGUUUAUUCCUUGCUCUAAUUGUUCAUAUGUACAAAAGUAAAUUGAGCCUCAUGUCUUGGGCCUCCUGGCAGGGCUAUUUUUUUGUUUAAAUUUUCUACUUUUGUCUGGUGACUUGUGUUUCAAUGAUAUGUAAACCUGCGGCUGUAAGUUUGUGCUGA